AUGCCGAUUCUCUUACUCCCACAUGAGCUGCUUAUGCUCAUCGCGGCUCAACUCGACUGUCGAGACUUGAACGCGCUCCUACGGACUCAUUCGUCUCUCUACAAUCAGCUUAUCGGCUGCCUCUAUCGAUGGAAUCUGCGAAGCCGUGGGUUCGCCGCAUUGAUCUGGGCAGCGAAAAGAGGCUCUACCAGCACACUGCAGCGAUUUCUCGAUAUAGGAGUGGACCUUUCCUGGAAAUCACGGUAUCGAGCUCAAAUGAGUCACAAGCUACACCGGGUCUCAUCAAUGGCCGAUACGAAACGCGACCACCCGAUCUGCCAUGCAGUAACCAGCGGACAAGCAGACUUCGUGCGGAAACUCAUUGAAAAUGGCGCCGACAUCAAUUUCAAAGAUGUUUAUGGACGAAGCCCUCUAGCCUUGGCCGCUCGCCAGGGCAACUUCACCUUAGUUCAGAUGCUUAUCUCACUUGGCGCGAACCCACUUUCAUACGACCGUCUUUUUCACCGUCCAGCAGCAAAUGCUGCUUCUCAAGGCCACUAUGACAUCGCCGACUAUCUGCUUCAGGAGCUAGGAAAAUACAAACAUUCCCCUAUCAGACUGGAUCAUACUAUUAUGGCUGAGAUACAGUGGAUGCUUCUUUACGCGGCAAAAGAAGGGAACGAAAAACAGAUUCGUUUGUGUCUAUCCAAAGGGGCUGAUAUUAAUUUUCAGCCAAGAGGAGAGCGGUGCACACCACUAUGUGGCGCUCUAUUAUCGGCGCCGGCGCCUCAAGCAUUAAGAGUUGUCAAGCUUCUGCUCGGCCACGGUGCAGAUCCAAACAUUGCCCUACCGGCUAAGAGGUCCAGUCCAGGCUGGAAACUACCGCCAAAUUUACCACUUGGCCUAGCUAUGCUCCGCGACGAAAGCUUGCAGCUUAUAAAGGCCCUAUUAAGGGCAGGAGCGGAUGUCAGGCAGUGCGGGCUAGCAUUAUUUGAUGCUAUCCGACUUGAGAAAGCGACCGAGUUCCGGCUGUUGGUGGAUCACCAUGCGGACCUUAAUAUACGUCUAAAGGGCAAGUCUCUUGCUGAAUAUGCGCUGCAGAGCGGCUGCCAGAGUAUCCAAAAAGCUUGUCUUAGUCUUGAUGAUACGGCUCCUACACGGCAGUUGGCUACACGCACAAUAUCUUGUCGCCGGACUUGUCACCGGCCUGCUGGUCGCCGGCUCAGAAACGACCACGUUUCGUCUGAGACCAUUCUGCCUAUUCGCCCUCCUGUUCCAGGAUGA